AUGAUCUCCAGCGUGUAUGAUUUUCAAUUUUGCAGGAAGUCCAGUCGUUUUUCCGUUGAAGGGCAAUGUAAGUGCGAAAACGCGAAACUAACGCCAGAGCAACGUGAAGAGAUUAUAAGACACCUCGAGCAGUAUACAUGCAAAGGUGACAAGUGGAGGGAUGAGGAGGAACACGAGCGACAGCGGUCAAAGCAAGGUUGCAGAGAGCGGCCAGGGCAACGUGUUACGGAAGAAGAGGAAAAUAAAAAACAGCGGUCAAAGCAAGGCGACAGAGGGCGGCCAAAGGAAUGUGGUACGGAGGUAGAGGAAAAUGAAAAGCAGCGGUCAAAACAAGGUGGCAAAGAGCGGCCAAGUGGACGUGGUACGGAAGAAGAGGAAAAUGAAAAGGAGCGGUCAAAGCAAGGUGGCAAAGAGCGGCCAAGUGAACGUGGUACGGAAGAAGAGGAAAAUGAAAAGGGGCGGUCAAAGCAAGGUGACAAAGGGCAGCCAGGUGAACGUGGUACGGAAGAAGAGGAAAAUGAAAAGGAGCGGUCAAAGCAAGGUGGCAAACAGCGACCUGGGGAAAGUGGUACGGAAGAAGAGGGAAAUGAAAAGGAACGGUCAAAGCAAGGUGGCAAAGAGCGGCCAGGUGAACGUGAUACGGAAGAAGAGGAAAAUGAAAAGGAGCGGUCAAAGCAAAGUGACAAAAAGCGGCCUGGGGAAAGUAGUACGGACGAAGAGGAAAAUGAAAAGGAGCGGUCAAAGCAAGGUGGCAAAGAGCGGCCAGGUGAACGUGGUACGGAAGAAGAGGAGAAUGAAAAGGAGCAAUCAAAGCAAAAUGGCAAAGAGCGGCCUGGGGAAAGUAGUACGGAAGAAGAGGAAAAUGAAAAGGAGCGGUCAAAGCAAGAUGGCAAAGAGCGGCCAGGGAAAAGUGGUACGGAUGAGGAGGAGCAGGAGAAACAGCGGUCAAUGCAACGUCGCAGACGGCGACCUGGCAACGUGACAGGUGGCCGUGAUAAGCACAGGCCAGCAAAACAAAUUAAAAAAAAGACAGAAAAAGAUCGGCAAUUCAAAUGCCCCGGUGGAUCACUGACUCGCAAACAACGUAAAGCAAUUGUUGAUCAGCACAAUCAGUACCGCUCAAAAUUAAUAAAUGGGAAGAUGAAGGACAGCCAAGGAAAGCCAAUGCCACAGGGCAAGAAUAUGCUGAAAUUGGUAUGGCUUUGCAGUUUGAAAGCAACAGAAUAG